UAAUAGUAACCAUUUCUAUGACAGGCUGAAAUGCCAGCAGAUAGUGGUUAUCCUGCAUAUCUUGCAGCACGUCUAGCAUCCUUCUAUGAACGUGCUGGUAAAGUGAAAUGCCUUGGUGGUCCGGAUCGAACUGGCAGUGUCACAAUUGUUGGUGCUGUUUCCCCUCCUGGUGGUGAUUUUUCAGACCCAGUGACUUCUGCAACUCUUGGUAUUGUUCAGGUCUUUUGGGGCCUGGAUAAGAAGCUUGCUCAGAGAAAACAUUUUCCAUCAGUGAAUUGGCUUAUAUCAUAUUCAAAGUACUCAAAGGCCUUAGAAUCUUUCUAUGAGAAGUUCGAUCCAGAUUUUAUUGACAUCAGAACAAAAGCCCGGGAGGUGUUACAGAGAGAGGAUGAUCUAAAUGAAAUUGUCCAGCUUGUUGGCAAAGAUGCAUUAGCGGAAAGUGACAAAAUCACCCUAGAGACAGCAAAGCUUCUGAGGGAGGAUUACCUUGCACAGAAUGCAUUUACACCGUAUGAUAAAUUCUGCCCAUUCUAUAAGUCAGUCUGGAUGAUGCGCAACAUCAUUCAUUUUAAUUCUCUGGCAAAUCAGGCAGUUGAGCGAGGAGCAGGUUCUGAUGGCCAGAAGAUAACAUACAGUGUCAUCAAGCAUCGUUUGGGUGACCUUUUCUACCGUCUAGU